GAAGGAUUGGGGGGCGGGGAUAGGGUACUGAAAACGAUGGCGACCGAUGCAGAGGAAAUAAGAAACCAAACAACCCCCUAUCCCAUCCCCGACAACAGUUUCAGCACUCUGUCCAUCAAAAUUACGCGGAAAAACCAGGAUAGACACUGGAAGUUGAGGUUUAUUUACCUGCAGUGCUAUUUCUUGACCAUUGCAACAAUAUUGGGAACUGGAAUCUUAGGUCUUCCAGUAACAAUAGCCCAUGCUGGACUGGUGCCUUUCCUCAUCUCCUUUCUCAUUGGCUUCUUUGUCCAGGCCUUGCUUGUCUACCUGUUUGUGGAACUUCUUCAGAAAUGUCAGGUGGUCCAGCUGGAAUCUCUAAAGACAAGUGUUGCAGAGUGUAUUGUGAUGAACCAGGUGGGCGUGGAGGAUCCAGCCCCCACAGAGGAAGAGGAUGAUGAGGAUGAGGGUGAAAAAGCAGAAGCAGAUACAGGUUUACUACAGCCAGAUGCAGUAGCUGUGCACCACCAAGCUGAGAGCCUGCAGCCCAACCUUCAUAUGCUUGGCCACCUCUUCCUCUCCCGGCCCAUGAGUCACGCCUUCAAUUGCAUCCUCCUCUUCCAGUUUAUUUCUAUUGGGAUUAGUUACGUCUUAGCUGGCAGUGAGGCCUACGCUGCUCUUCUUAAUGUCAGCCACGUUUAUGUGAUCCCGGCUUUCACCUGGAUUCUAACUCUGGCUAUCUUACUAGCCCACACAAUCAUCCAGCCAAUCACUUCGCUGCUUACCCUGCUGAAAGGAAUCCUGCUCAUUGUCACGACUGUGUGUGUGUGUGUGUGUGUGUGUGUGUGUGUGUCUCAGGUGGCUGUGACAUUUGCAGUGGGGUCAGAGGUCGGCCUUCAGAGCAGCAGUGACUUCAGUCAGAUGGGGAAACCUUUCCUAAUGGGCACAGUGGCUCUGGGAGGGAUUGUAAACGUGAUGCCUCUGCUCUUCUCACAGAUCUCACACAACAAAACACAGAUCCUGUGGUUUCGGAGAGCAGUGCUUGGAGGUCUGACAACCUGCACUGUGCUCAACGUCCUCUGGUGCUGGGCAGUGCUGGAAAUUGUCCCCCAGACGUCGAUACCAGAGAGGCGGCCGACGGCUGAGGCAGCUCAGCCCAACUCCAGCAGCCUGUCUGGUCCUCGUUCCUCCAUCUCCCCUCUGCUGUACUCCAACAUCUCACUAGAAGAGUCUGAGAAAGCAGGAGAGAUUGCGACCAUUCCAGUGACUAAGAUUAUUAAUGAACGUUACAGGGCGUACUCCUGGGUGGCUGAGCUGAUCCAGGUGUUUAUAGCCAUCAGUGUCACCGUGUCCUUCCUGGUGAUGGGGUCGGCCAUGAAACACACCAUUGAUGGUCUGGUGAGCUCGUUGCGGAGCAGCAGACUGGAGUGGCUGUCUAAAGCCUGGGAGCGAAACCUGCCAAACAAACAGCACAUCUGCUCAGUGAGAAGCAUGGCUAAAGGAUUCAUGUCACUGCUUGGAUUUGGUGUCAUCUUUAUCGUGUCUGUGUGUGAUCCCAGGGGCUUUGUUGUCAUGUUGGACAAAGUUGUGUCGUUCUCCCUCAACACUGAAGUUGGACUGUUUGUCUUCAUCAUGAUGAGAGAAUCCAGAGAAGAUCGAUUCCAAAACCUUGCAGUCCCUCUGCCAGUAGGUGACUGUGUCUUCAGCCUCAGUUGGCUGCUCCCCACCUACUUCCUGUUUGCAGUAACCUAUGAUGUCCUGCAGACCCUGGCAGAUGUGGCUCAUUACCUGCCUUUCUACAGCCACAGUCAGGACCCACACAGCCCCAAUCUGACUGGGAGUCUAACAGCAGCCAACCUCUCCGCCCUGCUCUGAUCCUCGCAGCCAGAUACGAGACGGACCAGUAAGAGCUGAAAUGGCCAAAAAUCAGAAGCUUCGCAAGUGCUUUUAUAUUGUAUUCACACUUACCAAGCUCUUGAUACAAUUUGAUGAUAAGCAUUAUUUGUUUUUGGUGGCCAUUUUUGUGUUUUCGCACUCCACUCAACUUAUCAAGCAGAGGGCGCUCUUUUCUUUGUCUCUUCAACUACGGUGGCCUCCCUGCUCAUGCAAAAAUUUGUGGAUGAUAUUUUAAGUCUACACAAGGCAAUCAAAGUUAAAUAUAGUUUAUUACAACUUGGGUUUCAUCAUUUUCAUAGCUUCAGCCAUCGGUUGAAACUAAAACCGAACCACAUGCUUUGUAAAUCUAAUGAAAUGUAGCGUUUUAGCCCUGAAUUGAAAUGAGCGUAAUUGUUCUCCACUCCGCAUCAGCGUGCUCACUGAGUUAGACAAAGUUCGGCCGGGGGGGUUUCCUGUUAGUCUGUUUGUGAGCUGACAUGCAUGCUCUCACAUCAAGUCAGUUUUGGUUCAGGCAUGAUCCCUCCAUUUAUCCUCCCAACACACCAACAAGCCUCAAUAUUAGAGAAUGUUAGAAAAUGACAGCCUUUUAAAGUUACAUAAUUAUUUUCUAUUAUUUAUUGCUUUUUUGCAAAAUGAUACUGUUUCACCGCGGCCCAUUAGCAAAUGUUCCCAAGCCCAGAGGCCGGAACCUCUGCUCCGCUGCAUUCUGUUGAAUGUCUUCCUCUCGGAUCAGAUGGAUUUUCACCAACAUUUUGUUUUCAUUCAGUUCAAUUUUAUUUAUGUAGCGCCAAUUCAUAAUAGAAAUGAUCUCAUUGCACUUUCCCUAUAGAGCAGGUCUAGACCGAACUGAAGUAGGAUCCUAUACAUGCAAAUAAUUUAGCUGUGGAAUCCAAUUUUUGCAAUCCACUAACUCUACAGCACACUCCAGUCCCCUGAGUGGAGCCAGUGGAAUGCAACUAUGAGGUUUCGUCCAAAUGGCUGCAACUUCCCUUUACGUGACAAUGUGAAGUACCAAAAAAAAAAAAAUCCCUUUCUCCCACUUUGAAAACAUGCAGAGAAUGAAACAGGACUCUUGAUUGCGUCUGCCACCAGCAUGACAGGAACACGAGGGGAGGUUCAGGCUCUUCAAAAUCUUAUUAAAGCCAAUUUUUUGUGUGUUUUGACAUGAAUAAAACUUGGAUUCAUGAUUGACAUCAA